AUGCAACAAAUUGAUUCAAAGUGUAUUUCUUCACCUGAUGUUGCUGCACUUGAUAGGAUUCAAUACCAUCUAGAUGCUAAUAUUCCUUUCGUUCCUAACGAUGAUUAUAGUUUGGCGUGUACAUUAGCUGCACUUUUGGGGUACCUUUACCGAAUUUUAGAAUUAAAUGAAAUACAAGGAAACUCAAAUUCUAAUACAAGUUCAGGUCCUUCAAAUUCUCAUUCUGCUGAGGAACUUAUAUAUAAGGUGAAUGGAGAUAAUAUAUAUAGUACAUUGCACAAAGAAGUAACAAUCUUACAAAAUCAGUGUGCGAGUCUAUCUCAUCAAUCCAAGGCUGCGGAUGAACGACUUGCCACUUGGAAUGAAAUUGAUAGAUUAAUGGAAAUUGUCGCGACCUUAUGCCGAGAUCGGUUAAAUAUUGAUCCUCCUCCAAGAUAUUCUUGUCAUAAUGAUGACAAAAAUGAUUCAACGCUAAUCGAACCUCCUAAGUAUUGUUCGGGGGGCAUAAAUAAAAUGGACUGUGAAAAAACUAAAGUAGAUUUAGAUAAUGUUAUUUCUGCAAUAGAACGUGUUUAUUAUGUAGCUCCGCAACUUAAUAAUCAACGUGUAGAAUUAAAUCCACGUCAAAAGAAAGAUAUAACAGCUGCUGCUUUAUCAUCUGCCAUUAAAAAAUUAUCUCGAGGGCGUUAUGAAGAACAACGUGCAGAGCCAACAUUAGUGAUGAAAUAUCAAACUUUAAAUUGUCUGGUAAAUCAAAUACAAAAGUCUGCUACAAGAAGUUUUGUUGACCAACGUGUAGUGCUUAGCCCUCGACAAGUUCGAGAUUUGGAGAUAGCAAAAUUAAAUGGGAUUAUUGAUCGCUUGGACAAAAAUCGCAUGACAGAUCAGGAUUGGCAUUCUCCUGAACAACAACUUGUACAAGAUUUGACGAAACUGACAAAUGAGUUAACAAAGUCAGCCACAACUCCAGUAUAUGCUUCGCAGCGUUUUCAUCUUUCAACUACAAAAGAAAAAGAUAUGUUUAUGAAUAGUGUAAUCAAAAAAAUUGAUAAAUUGCGAUCAUAUCGUUUGGAAAACCAAGAUGCCGACUCUCCCACUGAGCGUCGUGAACGUUCUUGCCGAGAAGUCGAAAAAAUUGUAGCUAAAAUGCAGUAUAGUCCUUCUAUGGAUAAUCAGCGUGCAACUUGGAGUCCAAAAAAAUCAAAAUUUCCCUUUUCUUUAACUUAA